GAAAAAGUUCAUUUUAAAACCGAGUGCCGAGAGAGCGACACAUAAUGUUGUCUGCGCGUUCAAGUUUGUUUCUUGCGCUUCUGGCAGGGGCGUUUGCGACUUCACCACCAUUCAACAUAGUUGAACCAGCCAAAUCGUGCCAAAGGGCGGUGAAGCCUAACGCGUGGCCGAUCAAAAAGGAGCUUCAGGUCUGCGCCACCGACGGAGUUAUUUACCCAAGUCUCGACGCUCUUGAAUGUGCAAACAACGCUACAGGUCGCGCAGUUGAGAAACAGGAGCGCAACAAAUGUGACGAAAAUAAGCAGGACGAAUUCAAAUUGUCCUUCCUGGCUUUUGCCGCCAAACACGAGGUUUGUGCUUCGGACAAUGUCACUUACAACAACGUCUGGAACAUGCAGGAGGCAGCUCGGGCCAAUAAAGUUGAACUCACGGUUCAGCACGAGGGCGAGUGCAAAAUUGACUGCCCCUUUUCGCCAAUUUACAAACCGGUCUGCGCCUCAUUUACAGGAGAUUUUCAACAAACUUAUUCCAACGAAGAAGCCCUUGAGUGUUUCCAGCAUCGAAAUCCAUACAUAAAAUUUAGCCAAAAGCAUGACGGUGCUUGCGUGUUCAAUUAUGAACAUUCUUUUGCACCAGUCAACAUAAUUUGUGGCACAAACGGCUUCACAUACAAUGGCGUGAAAGAAAUUCGCAAUCUGCGAAAGUUCAACCCCAAAUUGCGAGUGAUGCACGACGGCGCGUGCACCCCUGACGAGGUCAAAGGCCUCUUUUCAGCUGACCAAAUUCGCGAACUGGCCGGAAGCCGGUCUGAAUCAAGUGCGAUUUGCGGUUCUGACAAUUCAACUUAUCACUCCGUUUUCGCUUUCUUGGUCGCGCAAGCCGGCAAAAAAGCCAAAGGCCAAGAUUUGAGAAAUGUGAAAUGUGCUAAAUGCGAUGAAACGACAAAAUCAAAUGGAACUAUUCCCAUCUGUGGAACAGACGGUGUCACUUAUCCAGAUGAGAAAACUCUCAAAUGCGCCCAAACCACCCACAUCAUUUUCAAAGACCACGACGGCCCGUGCUCGCCCUCGGAUAACACAGGCCCGUGUAAGAGACAAUUAAACGGUGGCUUUGCAGAAGUUUGUGCAAACAACGGAAAAACCUACACUUCCAAUGAAGCCGUCUGGUGCGCAGCUUUAACUGAUCCAAAGAUCAAGAUAUUUCACCAGGGAGAGUGUAUUUCUGCCUAAACGCGGCCAAGAGGAAAAAUUGAAUUUAAAAAUCAUUUCAUGAAUUGGUCAGAAUUGCAUGGGAUCAAAUAUUUAAUAAUAUUUGUGUCAUUAUUACUUUGAGCUUGUAUGUGAUUGAAAAUAAAAGCCGCUAAAAAAUUGUUGUUUUCAGUUUACUAAAUUAAAAUAAACUGUUUUUUUUAAUUAAAA